AUGACGAACAUACAUUCGCAGCACCACAUUUAUGCCUCCAGCGUACAGUUCAGAGAUCCCUUUGCUCCCAAGCCCAGUCACCGCCACGAGCAGGCAAGCACGAACUGGAGCUCCUACUCUCGCCCAUACGACCUCGCCCGCUCUCUCACUCCUCCACCUGAGAUGAACACUGUCUCACUUACGAACAAGCCGGUGUACCACCAACAAGAGCACGGAACUCAUUGCAGAGACUAUGCUCAAGGCCUUCAACAGUUUGGAGCCGCGUCUGCACCAUAUGCACGGCCAGACGUCACCCACGCUCGGUCACACUCGAGAGGGGUCCACACACAACCUAGCAGUCGAACUAUUUCUCCCGUUCCCGGACCACAGCAACCUGUAUUCGAAAGUUCACAAUCACGACGAGGGUCACAAGUAAACGCAAUAGCACCGUCGUUUCAGAUACCCCGAUCGGUAAAUGAUAGCGGUGGGAGUCUGUCAGAGUUGGCUGCUCAGAUCACAUGUCUGUUCUGGUUUGAGUCUGCGGACAUCCUUCAGAUGAUCGAGGACUCAUCUACGCCGUAUCAUCUGCCAAGGUCACUCGCGGCAGAUGCAAAGCCCAAUACUGGUUUUCGAAAAUGGGUGACCACCAUCCUCUCCACAACGCUCGUGGCCCAAAAUGUAGUCUUGUUGGCUCUGCUCUUCAUAUAUCGGCUAAAAAAGCUGAACCCAACAGUGAGGGGCAAACCAGGUAGCGAGUACAGACUCCUCACCGUGGCAUUGAUGCUUGGCAACAAGUUUUUGGAUGACAAUACGUAUACCAAUAAGACCUGGGCUGAUGUAUCUGGGAUUGUGGUUGGUGAAGUCCACAUCAUGGAGGUCGAAUUCCUUAGUAACAUGAAGUACUGCCUCUUCACUUCCGAGGAGGACUGGACGAAGUGGCAAUCACUGCUGGGCAGGUUUGCAGCAUUCUUCGAGAGAGCAUCGAGACCUCAGCCGCCUCCUCCAGUAGCGGCGCUCCUCCCAGCGUCGUCAUUCCACCUACCGAUGGCUCUCCCUUCGCCGCCGCAGUCGACCCAGUCGUCUCCGCCAUACAACCCAGAAAUUGGCCCAUAUGCUUUCCCAUAUGGCAUGGCAGGUCAGCAUGGGCCCACGCCACUGCCUUCACCGUUCGCCGCCAUGCCAGAAAUGCAGCCAGCCAUCAAUAAGACCCGAAAGCGGAGCUUGGAAGACUCAAAUACCGAGCCUCCAGCAAAGCGAGUGGCAAGUGCCUAUCCAAGCUAUAGUUCGCCUUUGGCAUACUCGAAUGGCUCGGCAGCAACAACACACGCAGCACAAUCAUCCCGUCUCAGGCUGCCAAGCCUGGCAAUACCAGCUGGUUCAGCACCUUCAAGCACUUACGGGUCAAUGACGAGCCAGGCACCUCAAUUGCCACCACUCAAUGCUCCGUCUCGAGCGAUGGCAUUGGUGUAUCCACCAACAUCAUCACAAACGUCAGCUAUUCAGCUACCGGCACCACUUGGCAUGUCCGCACAGCCAUCAUCACAAUUGCAUUCACAACUACAAUCAAGACAACAGAGCCCGUACCCAGGGUCAGGUACCGCAUCGCCCAGUGGCAUCCCACCUCACAGCGCAGUGUCACUACAUCCACCGAUCCAAGUCUCUCCAACAUACUUCCUGCAGCAGCGGAAUUCGCCAUACCGACCGAUACACAAUGUGUCCACACUAUUGUAUCCUCCUCCAUCUGGAGCGCUACAACAAAGGCCGCAUAAUAUGGAGCAGAAUGAGAUGCACUACCAGCCUCUCGGAAAGUCGAUCCAGCAACGACAUGUGGGUCAUCUACCAUACGUAUCACAGAACGUCUGGCUCAAUGGACAUGGUCAGCAGCCCAUGACGCCUGUGCAUCAAUGGCCGUCUUUCAUGGCAGCACAUCAGCAGCAUGUACCUCCGCAACGAUGA